AUGGUUGAAGAGAGUCCGAAGAAAAAGCGCUCUAUACUGUCGUUCAACAGGAGGAGAACUAGCGAAGUACGUAUGGGUACAGAUGGAAAACUCGUCACCAAUGGAUUUGAUGAUAAUUCUCAUAACAAACGACCAAGCUCGCCUAUAGAGAAGAUCAAGUCUCUUUUCCGCAAAAAUGACAACUCGACCACUGCCUCGACCCUGGCCAAUAAUGACUACUAUGCAGGACGCUACUCGGGAGGCAUAGCAAACGACAAGGUUUACGGGGCGUAUCCCUCCACAAAUGUGUCUGCCGCUAGAGAAGCAUACGUGCCUCAAUACCGAAAAUAUCCAGGGUCGGCAAGUCGUGAUGCAGCCUCCGUGUUGAAUAGGUACAGCUACACUCCCGGACUGACGGACCAACGACGUCACUGGUAUGACGAUCACAACAUCUACUAA